AGAAACACAUCUCAGCAAAUGCUCAUUUCCGAGGAGCACGAGAACGCACCGUCAGAGGGAAGCAUAGUACGGAGCUCGCAGCUGCAUCAGCAAUCAAUUCUAUCCAUAAAAUGUCUGCCGAGCUGCACACAGUGAGUGGACCAGAUGGGAAUGAUGCAAGUCUUCAAGGCACCACAGUGGGGGGCAGCAAACCUUUACACCGCUUCAUGAAAGGGCAACCCAAGGCUAUUGGGGUCGUUGUGUUGGUCUUGGGCUCGUCUUUCUUUAUCAUUUCAAUUGCAAUGGCCGAAGAACUCUUUGGUGAGCCUCUGUGGAGAAUCAACCCAUCUGGCUUUAUUCAGGCAAUUCUGUUCAUCAUAUGUGGGAUUAUGUAUAUUCUGGCAGAGCACAAUCCAACCAAGAAAACAGUCACCAUAUCUUUGGCUCUGAGUAUUGUGUCGAUACUCGCGACAUUGUGGACUGACCUGCACAUCCUGCCCGAAUUAAUACACAGCCACGUCAACAGGCAUUAUGUUUAUGAUUACACCAGCCAAGACACAGAAGAAGGAUUAUGGACAUCACAUUAUGAGGCCAUGGGAAGGAGCUUGGAAUGGAUCUUUGUAUUCUACACUUUUGUUAGUGCAAUUAUUUUAAUUGUAAUGUCAACUCUGGCUGGAGCUGCCCUGCGUUCCACAAGGAGUCAGGCUGUUGUCAUGAUGACAGCUGCACCACCUGAAACUCCAGCAGAAUGAAGGCCGCAACAUAAACGUCUGAAGUGGGACAACGUGAGAAGAGAGAAGAACUACGAAGCAACAAGAUCCUUGAGCCCUAAAUAUUAACCAGUACUAACUAGCUUUAUAUACAAGGCAAUACAGAUUGUAUGUAUGUCUGAACUUGUGGUGUUUCUGUGAUCUAUUGCUUUACUUAAUCAUCAGCAAGGACCUGCUGUUUACUCUGCAACCAGCAGGCGGCGUUGAUUUUCUUCAGUGUUAUGUUUACACAGCGACGCCAAAGGACGACAGUCCGGGUGAAACUGAAAACCUCCUCCGGCUGCCCAUGAUACUUUUAUUUUUUUUACUAUGUAAGCUCUUCUUUAAACAGCAACUCCAAUAAACUCAAACAAUGUGAAUCCUUAA